AUGGGGUUUUCAACCCGUCUCCUCCGCAUCCCGCGGCCAGAGACCUUUCUCUAUGUCAUGAGUCUACAAACUGGUGCCUCAUUGAUUACCUUAUCGUUGCUUCUCAACAAAAUUAGCGGUCUCUAUGGCUUGCUCGCCCUUUUGACCGGUUAUCAUCUCUCGCCUGUGCAAUUGUCGAUGUACCUCUACUCUCUCCUCGCCCUGGGUAUCACGACAUAUCUAUUUCCUUAUAUCCGCAAACAAUCGCCCUUGCAAUGCCUUGCGCUCGCCUGGCUCUACGUUAUCGACAGUAUCAUCAACGCAGCUUACACUACUGCUUUUGGUGUGACAUGGUUCCUGGUUGUAUCCCAGCAUUACGACAAUGGAAGCGCCUCCGGACCGGGCGCGGAGACCAUGGCACAGACCGCUGGCUUCACUAGUCCAAAGUACGAUUCGUCGCACAAGGGCCAAGGCGAUCGUUAUGCAAGGAGACCGGAUGCCCUAGGCGACGCCGUGUCCCAACCCGAAAGCUUCCAAAGCAUUGUGUUCAUCUGCUUGCUGUGGACCAUCCGCAUCUACUUCGUCUUUGUGAUGCUGGCCUUUGCGCGACAGGCUCUCCGCCUUUACGUCGCCGUACCGCGACACACUCAGUUACCAACCCACAGCCGCAACACUUCCAUCGCCAGCGUGGCGAGUGUCGCCGAUAUCGAUCGGGAACCCUUCUCUGCGCACAGCCCGGAUGGCCAAGGAUGGCAGGGUAAGCUUGGACGCCUUAUGAUCAGCAUCGGUCGCAAUUAUUGGCUGGGCGAGGAUGAGGAGGGUGGUAAUUGGGUGAACACUCUCAACCGCACUUUCCGGUCACGCAACGAAGAACCUGAGCUUCCGGGUCCACUUGAGAGAGAAAGGAGACGGCGGUCGGGAACUGGCCCUCCCCAGCCUUCCCAGUCGACAGUGCAGGCGGCCGCCUUGCUGCAGCCAGUUCACGAGCAUGUACCGGCAAUGAAUGCGAAGAUGCAUGGCUGGAAUGAUGGCCGUUAG